AUGGGAGGGAAAGGUAAAACAACUUGUGCUAAAAAGUUGUAUAAUAAUGACAUCAUUGUUUCUCAUUUUGAUGUUAGAGCAUGGGGCAUCAUUUCUCAAACAUAUAACCGGAUAGAGCUAUUACAAGAUAUUUUCAGUCAAGUAACUGGUUCCAAGGGAGAGAAGGAUGACGUCCUUGCUGAAAUGUUGAAGAAAAAAUUAACGGUAAAGAGAUAUCUCAUUGUAUUGGAUGAUAUGUGGGAUGGUAAGGCAUGGGAUGACUUAAGGCUUUGUUUUCCAGAUGUUGGAAAUAGAAGCAGAAUAGUCCUAACAACUCGACUUGAGGAAGUGGCUAAGCAAGCGAAGCACCAUACUGAUCCUUAUUAUCUUCCAUUCCUAAAACCCGAUGAGAGUCUAAAGUUGUUGCAGAAAAAGGUGUUUCAACAGGAAGGUUGCCCGCCUGAACUACAAGAUGUGGUCAAGCGGUUGCAGAAAGAUGCAAAGGACUGCCUCUGGUGA